AUGGAGGAACUAACUGCUUUUGUCUCCAAAUCUUUUGACCAGAAAAACAAGGAAAGCGGUAUGGGAGGCGGCGGUGGCGGCGGCAAAAAGGAUUCGAUUACCUACAGGGAAGUUUUGGAGAGCGGACUGGCGCGCUCUCGGGAGCUGGGCAGUUCGGAAUCCAGCCUUCAGGACAUAGCGGACAGCAACGGUCACUGUCCGGUACAUCUAUUCAAAGACCACGUGGACAGCGACAAGGACAAACUCAAGGAAUUCAGCACCGGUAGGGUUGCGGAAGGUAUCUACGAAUGCAAAGAAAAGCGGGAGGACGUAAAAUCCGAGGACGAAGACGGUCAGACGAAGCUGAAGCAGCGACGAAGCCGCACCAACUUCACCCUGGAACAACUCAAUGAGCUGGAGCGGCUCUUUGAUGAGACCCACUAUCCGGACGCCUUCAUGCGUGAAGAACUCAGCCAGCGCCUGGGGCUCUCCGAGGCACGCGUGCAGGUGUGGUUCCAGAAUCGGAGAGCCAAGUGUCGGAAACAGGAGAACCAAAUGCACAAAGGCGUCAUCCUGGGCACCGCCAGCCACCUGGAUGCCUGCCGAGUGGCCCCUUACGUGAACAUGGGUGCACUAAGAAUGCCAUUUCAGCAGGUCCAAGCUCAGCUGCAACUGGAAGGUGUGGCGCAUGCUCAUCCGCACCUCCACCCGCACCUGGCGGCGCACGCGCCCUACCUGAUGUUCCCGCCGCCCCCCUUUGGGUUGCCCAUCGCAUCGCUGGCCGAGUCCGCUUCCGCGGCCGCUGUUGUAGCCGCAGCGGCCAAAAGCAGUAGCAAAAACUCCAGCAUCGCUGACCUGCGGCUGAAGGCACGAAAGCACGCCGAGGCUCUGGGCCUUUGA